CAUACUGGCACCAAUCAGCGAAGUUACUGUACAUCGUCACUAUCCAAUGAGAAGCUCAGAAAUGAGUAGCGUAGCCCGCCCACAGGCAACAGCCAGUAGUCUGGCCGUAACAACUGUCAUUUAGUGAGUGGACAUGAUGGGGAAGAGAGCUUGAAAACAAGAAUUAAACGUCUCAAGAAGUAUCAUAAACAACUUUUAAAGUUACUAUUGUAGUUGUUAGAGCUUACAUCGUCAUGUGUUAGUAUCUUACAGAGAAGCAGCAACUUUGGCAGUACGUCUUUCUUCCUGUGAUAGGAAUUACAGCCAGUUUCGAAGGAUGUCAGCCCCCAGCAACUCGCUCCAGCAGCCGAGGGUAAGACGCAGCAAUGCGGGCUCCCCAGGCUCCUUCAACAACAACAGCAGCAGCUGCCGUUUGCACCCCAUCCGAGCCACCGUGCCCUACCAGCUCCUGCGCGGGGGUCCGAGCAGCCCCACGCGGGGGUCGCAGACCCUUUACGGUGGAACCACGAACAGCCGAGGCUCCAGUCCCCCUUCCAGUCCCUCACUCAUUUCGGGAAGUGCAAAUGCUAAGCAAAGACUUUCCCCCGAAAAUAAGGACUCCUCCUGUCCCCCAGACUCUCCGGUUUCCAGAGAAAGGUCCAAGUUACAGGUUCGAAGCUCCAGUGCCAUCAGGCGGACAUCUUCACUGGACGCCAUCACAGGGCCGUACCUCACCGGCCAGUGGCCUCGGGACUCCCACGGACCCUACCCCUCCUGUAUGAAAGACAAAGCCACACAGACUCCGGGUCUGUGGAUUGAUGAGGGAGCAGAACAGGGAAGUCCUCACCAGCGGUCAGCCUCCUGGGGCAGCGCGGACCACCUCAAAGAGCAGAUUGCUAAACUGAGACUGCAGUUGCAGCGCAGCAAGAAGGUAAGCUGUCAGAGCAAAGACCGGGAGCAGAGCUCUCUGCAGCUGCAGCAGCAGGCGCAGCAUGGCACUGCCUGCCCAUCACAGUAUAAAGGAACGUCAUCAGCCCUGUCAACAAUCCCUGUGCCAAAGUCCCUCAUAUGCAGGGUGCCGAGCAGUGUGGAGGGCAUCAGCCACGAGCUGGAGAAUGUGUUCAUCAGAGAGGACUGGGAGCAGGGCAUACAGGCCAUGGAUGUGGUAGAUGGCCGCCGCGCCCCCUUCCCUCUGCAUCACUACAGCAGCAGCGGGGACACACGUGACACGGACACUCAGGCCCCUUCAAGCGGGGACUCGAGCCCCUCGCCCCGCCCCUGCAGCUCCGACCAGGCCCACUCUCCUGAUGGAAGCCCCUGCUCUGCAGAGGAAAUGGACAAAGACGGCCUGUGCAGUUCUCCUCUCCCCAAAUUUGCCACAUCUCCCAAACCUAACAACAGCUACAUGUUCAAACGGGAACCUCCAGAGGGCUGUGAGAAGAUCAAAGUGUUCGAGGAGAUGGUGUCUGGCAAAUCAAAAGGCUUCCCUCUCUUCUCGUGCCCCGACAAAAACAAGGUGAACUUCAUUCCCAGGGGGUCUGCCUUCUGCCCUGUCAAACUCCUCUGCACCUCCCUCUUCUCCCCCGUCUCUCCCUCGUCCUACUCCUCCGCCACCCCCAGUCUCCAUGGCAACGACAGCCCAGGGCCUCAGGUGACCCCAGCUCUGCCCUGCGCACCACUAGCUACCUUUGCGGCCUCGGCUGACUGGAGCAGCGCCCCGAGCACAGGCCCAGAGAGCCAGAGCCCCGACGCAGAGGCAGGGGCAGAUGGCUCAGCACAGCUUGUCCUCACCAGCUAGUUCUCAGGUAUCUCUAACCAAACCACUUGCUAUAGUUAGGUGGCAUGGAUCAAAAACUAAAAACAAAAAAAAACCUUGCACUUAUAUUAACGUUAGCCAGCAGGGAGUGUCCAGGUCGAGAAAGGACAAACACCAAGUGGGAUAACGGUACCGGCAUCCUGCUGCACAGGCUCGGUGGUUUGGUCGUUGUGAGGAGUGUUCUGACCUUGGCCCCGCCUCCUUUCACCCAUCACUAACCUAGCCUUCUGCUCUGUACUGUGACAAAACACCCAUAACAAAAACAGCUACGCCUUCCUUGCAAAACAACAUACUACUGCUAUAAUAAUUGUGACCGAUGACAAUAUUUUAAGACUAAAUUACAAAAAAAAGAAAAAUGUUCAACAAUCACAACAGACCGCUAUGAAGUAUCAGAGGAAUUCUACUACUGUUAGCUAGCAAGAUAAUCUUAAGCACAUAUAUAUGUGAGCUUUUUGACAGGGUGGGUAAUGCACGAUUCAUGUUUUUAGUAUAUCAGGAUGCCUUGCAGUCAGAGUACAUCGCCCCACAUUAACUACAAUGUUUGCACUUGUUAAGACAUGUUUGUUUAUGUUAAAGUAUUGUAGCACAAUGUCUUAGUGAAAGCAGCAGUUGCUUCAGCGUUGCACCCAGCAGGCCGACAGGCCGAGAUCUGCUUCUCUGGUCUGCUCACUAUUAAUGAGCUCAACACAAAAUAUCAGCCGUUUCUCACUGACCAAAUAACCAAUCACAAAGCACACAACCACCCCAUUGCCUUGUUUUAUUGCCCCACACUACACAAAAUAAUAACUCGGGUCAUGUGGAAUGUAUUUGCUUGGACUAUGUUGCCUUUCCCCGGUGUGUAUGACCUUCUGAAGACAUUCCAGUCUUUUUCCAGAAAUGUUGAGUGUUUUGUUUUCACUGGAGGGGGAGAUAAUUAGAGACUGAAUCGACCAAUUGGUGUCACACCAAGGACUUUUGCAUUAUCUUGUUCAGGUUAGAGUUUUAGGUGCUACGACACAUUCCAGAGACGCUGUUGCAUAGGUCAACCGUGAGGACUUGAGUUAGCAGAGCUAGCUGCAUAAGCUACACCCUCCCAAACUGAGAAGGUGACAGUUAUGUCAUCUGAUUAUCCCCUUAGUUAAAUAAGUACCAAAGCAAAUUGCAAAGCCAAGACCGGCAUGUCUUGGCUUUGGGACACAACAGGCACAAUGUCUGCCAGAAGCAGAAUGUUUGUGCAUUUUGUUUUGUUUACAGUACAAACAUUUUAGCUACAUAUAAACACUGGUUCAAAGUGUUUUAAACAAACGCGAUAAUCAUUGAAGCCUUAGCACUUACUUGGAAGUGAAAUGAUAAUCACUAUUUUUUAUUUAAGACUAUUUUAUAAGUUAAAACAAUCAGACCUUUAGUGUGCAAUUGAUUUUUGUUUGUACUAAAGCUACACUUACAAUUGUUGUGUAACAGUUUGACUCAAGAUACGGAUCCAGCCAGAUGUGCCCUUACGUUACCUUAAGCUUUAUCACCAGCCCAUGCUCAACUAUUUAAAAUAGCACGACUAUUUUAGACCAGGUGAACUUGAAUGGGAGUGAUACAAUUGUAAAUGUUUCAUUCCAAAACGUCGGCCCUUCGCUCACCAAAACACACAUUUGAACAGAAUGCAACACGUUCCACACAAAGUACGUUGAAAUCCUCUCCUCUGCUUGCAGCUUGAAGAGUUUCACUCAUACUAUUUCUGAUUUGAUUCACACGCUCAUUGUGCAGUGCAGUUGAAAUGGUUGCCAUGUUUGGCAACGAUGACUCCGUUCUCUUGUGUACAAUGCAUUUUUAUGUAGAUCGUGUGUUUUUCAAUAAAGAAAACCAAAAAAAAG